GACAAGGACUUGGUUCAUGAGUUUGUUGUUGCUGAGGGUCUGACUUGCUUAAUCAAAGUGGGAGCAGAGGCCGACCAGAAUUAUCAGAACUACAUCCUGAGAGCUUUGGGCCAGAUAAUGCUCUAUGUUGAUGGCAUGAAUGGAGUAAUAAAUCAUAAUGAAACCAUCCAAUGGCUGUACACACUUAUUGGGUCGAAGUUCCGCCUGGUGGUAAAGACAGCACUGAAGCUGCUGCUGGUGUUUGUGGAGUAUACCGAAUCCAACGCACCACUUUUAAUCCAGGCAGUAUCUACUGUCGAUGAAAAGAGAGGAGCCAAGCCAUGGUCCAACAUCAUGGAGAUCCUGGAGGAGAAGGAUGGGGUUGAUACCGAACUACUGGUUUACGCAAUGACCUUGGUUAACAAGACGUUGUCGGGGUUGCCAGAUCAAGACUCUUUCUACGACGUGGUGGACUGUCUGGAAGAGCUAGGCAUUGAAGCUAUUUCACAGAGACACUUGAACAAGAAAGGAACAGACUUGGACUUAGUUGAGCAAUUUAACAUUUAUGAGAUGACACUGAGACAUGAGGAUGGAGAUGAGAGUGCUGACCCCCCUCCCAGUGGGCGCAAGGACCGGAGAAGGGCCAGUCUUGGUGCUAGUGAGCGAAGGGGGUUAGAGCGACGACGGAGCCGCAGGCACUCGGUGCAGAACGUCAAAAGCACUUUAUCAGCCCCUGCGAGUCCGUGCAGUCAGUCGAAUCCUAGCUUCAUGCUAGGCCACGGACAGCGCGUUGAAGAUCUCAGUGAGAGAGAGGAGGAAGAGUAUGAAGAGGAGGAAGAAGAACAGCCAGUCACAGAGCCCAAUACUGAGGAUGAGGGGGAGGAAGAGGCCAGUAGGCAGGUCAAAGCCAGUGGGGUCCCAGGUACACAAGACGCUGUGAAUGAAAACCUUUCAUGGUGUUCUGAUUCUUCAGCUGUCUCCAGUGCCAUUUCUCCAGCUGAGAGGCCCCUCUCCUGCUCUAGAGCAAAGAGCUCUUCUAGCAGCUCCUCUUCUGUGCCUGACUCAUCUGUCUGUCAUCAUAAUUCUGUCGUUUCAUCACCAUCUUCACCUGUGGCAGCAUUGCUAAGCUCUUCCCAAAAUUCAUCAGCAUCCAUUACUCCGAAGGCAUCUCCAACGGUGGAGAAAUUACCUUAUGUACCACAUACUCCUUUUCACCUCUUCUCAUACGACUUUGAAGAGUCUCCAGCAUCUGUGAAAGAAAAGGAAGCAGAAGUGAUGAGGGAAAACAGAUAUAAUAGCUAUGGCAGCAGCUCUUACUCUUCUCCGCGGCCUUACUCUGGUGUGAGUGCCCCUACAACACCCACUUCUCGUUAUGGGACAGCUCUCUCACCGCCUCAAGAGACCAAAUCUGACAGGCCAGCUUUGGGUGGUCUCCUUACAUCAUCUUUUCGGCAGCACCAGGAGUCCUUGGCAGCAGAAAGAGAAAGACGACGUCAGGAGAGAGAAGAAAGGUUGCAAAGGAUAGAACGUGAAGAAAGAAACAAAUUCAAAUACAAAUACUUGGAGAGGUUGGCAGCGGAGGAGUAUGAGAAAGAGCUGAAGAGUCGGAGCGUAAGCCGAGGCAGAAGUGAGCUGUCCUUGAACCUGAGAUCUCCUUCAGCCCCAUCCUCACCCCUACCCAAGUGCAUCAGCCCAGCAUCCAUAGAGUCCCAGGAGGAGCUGAAGACCCCUUCCACCCCUUGUGGGACCCCUCAGCCCUCUGAAGUGAGUGCCAGUGAACCCGAACCAGAGACAGAGACAGAACCAGAACCAGAGCAGGAGGCUGAGGCUGAGGCCAAGCAGGGAUCGGAGACACCCAAGGAAAUAGAGGCUACAGAGGUGGGACCAGAGAGUGAGGUGGAGCGAGGACCAGAGAGAGAGCCAGAAGAAAGUGCAAUACUCAGUGAAAAAGAAAGGCAGAAUGAGGAAGUGAAUGAAAAAGACAACUGCUCUGCAUCCAGCAUAUCCUCAGCAAGCAGCACUUUAGAGAGGGAAGAGAGAGAGGACAAGUUAACCAGUGACAAUGAAACUGGUCCAUGGUCGCAGACCAUUCAGGAUGCUGGUGUGAAUGAGCAGUGCAGCAACAUCCUCAACAACAAGAGGUUUAUGCUGGACAUGUUGUAUGCGCAUAACAAAAAGCCCAAGGAUGAAGAGGAGAAGGAGCUGGAGACGAAGGAGGAAAAGAAGGAGACGGAGGAAAACGAGGAGUCACUCACUAGCCUAGCCAGUAGGAUCUCUAUCCUUCAGGCCACGAAGCAGGCCAAAGAUGAAAGUGUCAAAAAGAUGGAGAUUGGAAAUCUGGACAACCAAGGCAGCGUGAAAGCCUUUGCGGAAAAAUUCAACAGUGGUGAGCUGGCCAAGGCGACAGCCGUGCCUGAAGAUGAAAUCAGUGAACAGGUCGCUGAGAAAACACCAGCACAGCCAAAGAAGGAAUCUGACUACAUCUGGGAUCAGCUCAUGGCUAAUCCUAGAGAACUUAAAAUCAAAGACAUGGAUUUUACAGACUUGGGGGAGGAGGAUGAUGUAGAUGUGUUGGACAUGGAUAUGGGUCCUGGGGACUCCCUUGUUCCCCCUCCUCCACCUCCACCUUCUUUUCUGGGUUUGCCUCCUCCACCACCUCCCCUGCUGUUUGGAUGUCCGCCUCCACCUCCACCCUCUGCUAAUUUAUUGGCUCCUCCUCCGCUGUUCAGCACUCCUCAGGGUUUAGGGUCACCCCAGGUUUCUAGGGGUCAGCCAGCAUUUAUAAAGAAGAAGAAAACCAUCCGUCUGUUUUGGAACGAGGUACGGCCAUUUGAGUGGCAGUGUAAAAACAACAAACGCUGCAGAGAAUUCCUGUGGUCGAAACUGGAACCCAUUAAGGUGGACACUUCCAAACUGGAGCAUCUCUUUGAGUCUAAAUCCAAGGAACUGCCUGUCACAAAGAAAACUGCUGCAGAUGGGAAGCGACAGGAGAUCAUUGUAUUGGACUCAAAACGAAGCAAUGCUAUUAAUAUUGGCUUGACUGUGUUGCCCCCUCCCCGCACUAUCAAGACUGCUAUUUUGAACUUUGACGAAUAUGCCUUAAACAAGGAAGGAAUAGAGAAAAUUCUGACCAUGAUCCCGACUGAGGAGGAGAAGCAAAAGAUCCAGGAGGCACAGCUGGCGAACCCCGAUGUCCCCCUGGGCAGCGCCGAGCAAUUCCUUCUCACCCUCUCUUCCAUUAGUGAACUCUCCGCCAGGCUCCAGCUCUGGGCUUUCAAGAUGGACUACGAGAUAGUGGAAAAGGAAGUUGCAGAACCACUUCUAGAUCUGAAGGAAGGAAUGGACCAACUGGAGCACAAUAAAACUUUGGGAUUUAUCCUUUCCACUCUACUAGCCAUUGGGAACUUUCUGAAUGGAACCAAUGCCAAAGCUUUUGAGUUGAGCUACCUCGAGAAGGUUCCAGAAGUCAAGGACACAGUGCACAAGCAGUCCCUGCUGCACCACGUCUGUACUAUGGUGGUGGAAAAGUUCCCAGACAGCACUGAUCUUUAUUCAGAGAUCGGGGCCAUCACUAGGUCAGCCAAGGUUGACUUUGAACAACUCCAGGAGAACUUGUGUCAGAUGGAAAGACGGUGCAAAGCAUCAUGGGAUCACCUUAAGGCUAUAGCAAAGCAUGAAAUGAAGCCAAGUCUAAAGCAAAAAAUGUCCGAGUUCCUUAAAGACUGUGCAGAAAGAAUCAUAAUCCUCAAGAUUGUUCAUAGAAGAAUAAUUAACAGGUUUCACUCAUUUUUGUUAUUUAUGGGCCAUCCUCCCUAUGCAAUACGUGAAGUCAACAUCAAUAAGUUCUGCAAAAUUAUUAGCGAAUUUGCUCUGGAAUACCGCACCACCAGGGAACGAGUUUUGCAGCAAAAACAGAAACGAGCUAACCACAGGGAAAGAAACAAGACCAGAGGGAAAAUGAUAACAGAUUCCGGCAAGUUCUCCAGCAGCUCACCUCCCUGCCAGAGCCAGCCCCAGGGGCUGCAGUACGCCGAGGAUGCUGCAGAACACGAGAACAUGAAGGCCGUACUGAAGACCUCCUCUGUUGGCGGGGAAAGCACCACGGCACUUGGGGUCCGCACUCGAAGCCGGGCCAGCCGAGGCCGUAUCGGUUCAUGGAACGCUGGCAACGACGAUUCACCUAAUGCAACAGAUGACGCAGCAGAUGAGAUCAUGGAUCGCAUUGUCAAGUCCGCCACCCAAGUGCCAAGCCAGCGAGCGGUGCCUAGAGAGAGGAAGCGGUCACGAGCAAAUAGGAAGUCAUUGAGGAGGACACUAAAGAGCGGACUAACACCAGAAGAAGCCAAAGCACUGGGCCUCAUCAGCACCUCCGAGAUGCAGGUUUGAUGUCCCAGAGGUAACGACAAGAAGAGCCGUUCUCCGAAGCACACAGGCUGACAACUUUUCGGUGUGGCAUUGACCUGCCAGCCUCCUCUGCUGCUCCCAACAUCCCGUCCUCUGUUAGUUCAAUUUUAAUAAGCAACAAAAAGUGAAACCCCACAGCCGGGGCAGAAGAAGGGUGUGCCACAGCUCAGCACAACAUCCAGACAGUAACUGAGGAAGUGUUUGAGUGCUUAUAGGUGAAAGCAUAUGGCUGCUUCUCAUGGUGUGUUGGUGUGGGUAGGAGGGGGCUCCUUCUGAGUUAUCUGUCAUUAUGUGAGCUGUGUUUAUUGGCUUUCCUUGUGCCCCGUUUUAGUCAUUGUAAAUGUAUGGCAUUUUGUCAAUGCAAGGAACAGUCCUUAAAGAGGCAAAGUAACUCCUGUUACAGCAACCCCAGUUUUCCUGAAGCAGAUUCAUUAAGCAAAGAUGCACAGUCUGUGCAGCCCUGUGGUUUGUUGAGUUUUUUUUUAUUAUUUUGCCACCAAAGAAUGUAAAAAUGUAUGUGUACCUUUGUAUAUGUACAGAAUGAAUGUGUGGACAUGUGUGCGUGUAUCUAUACACAUACAGUCAUGGUGUGAAGUCAUGCUCUUGCUGAAGCUAGCUGGACCAUGAUUUUCACUCUGGGGCCUUACUGUUCCACCUGGACAGGAGGAAAAGAAUGUCUUUU